AAUGGCUGCCAUCCUUCUCUUUCUCCUCUUUCUCUCAACAUUUUCUACUGCAACAGCUCAACCAAAACAUACAAACAUUACCCUAGGUUCUUCUCUCUCUGCCACCAACAACUCCACUUCAUGGUUCUCACCUUCUGGCCUAUUCGCUUUUGGUUUCUACCAAGAAGGUGCCGGCUUUAGAGUCGGAAUAUGGUUGGAGACGAACCCAAACAAGACGAUCGUGUGGACUGCGAACCGGGAUGAUCUGCCUGUUUCUAGCAACAGUAAAGUGAUCUUACUGAACAGUGGUCUCUUUCUACGAACUGCUGGAGCCCAAGAUAAGAUCAUUUCAGUUGGAAUCUCAUCCACUUCCUGCGCCUCAGCUUCAAUCCUUGAUUCCGGCAACUUGGUUCUCUACAAUUCUGAUUACAAAAGCAUCUGGGAGAGCUUCGGUUCCCCAACUGACACCAUCUUAGGGAGCCAAUCCCUUCUGUCGAAUAAUCAACUGUUGUCAAGCGUGUCAGAAACUGACCACUCGAUCGGGCGCUUUCGGCUGUACAUGCAAUCGGACUCAAACCUUGUGUUGUACCCAAAAGACACUGGUGACAACGCUGCGGAUUCAUAUUGGUCAACAGGGACUUUGAACACAGGAUACAUCUUGAGACUACAUCUCUACCAAGAUGGCAUCAUGUACCUAGUGAAUGGCAGUGACUACAAUAUUAGUUUUGUGGCAAGACGCACCGUUGCUGACAAUGGAAUUGCCAUCUACCGUGCGACCAUCGACAUUGAUGGGAUUUUUCGCUUGUAUUCACAUAGCUUCGCAAUGAACGGUACCUCAACAAUGACGACUGAUUGGGCUGCCUUGUCAAAUAAAUGUCUGGUGAAAAAUUUCUGCGGAUAUUACAGCUACUGCACUUUGGUGGAUAACCAACCUGAUUGCCUUUGUCUGCCUGGUUACAAUUUUAUCGAUCCUGAUCAACGGUUCAAGGGCUGCAGCAGAAGCUUCAGUGGGGAAGGUUGCAUGGGCAAGAAAGAAACUUCUACAUAUUCCAUUUUCACAAUGGAGAAUAUGUAUUUCGAAGAUUUCUUUUAUGCUAUUUCUUCGAUGCAGAAAGAAGACUGCAGAAAAGCUUGUUUUAGCGACAGUAGUUGCGAGGCCGCAAAUUUUCAAAAUGGGAAGUGCAAGAAACUUAUGCUUCCGUUGAGGUAUGGGAGAGCAAGCGGAUCAGACUCAACUACGACUUUCAUCAAGGUGGGUUCAUCCACUAAUUUCUCUCCAAAUGCAACGAGUACAGUAGAUGGUGAAAGCAAGAAAGAGUUACGUGUGAAGAUUUUAAUCGGAGGUAUAAUUCUUGCCACGUUUUCAGUUGCCAGCUUUGCUUUUUCCGGUUUUCUUAUCUACAGGAAUCAAGCACAAAGCUAUAGAAAGAUGACAGAAAAUAACAAUUUGGGCUUGUCUGAGGAGAUUGUUCUGCGAUCAUUUUCUUACAACGAGCUUGUAAGAGCAACAGACAAUUUCAAGGAAGAGUUGGGAAAGGGUGCAUUUGGAACAGUUUAUAAAGGGACCUUAUACAACAGCAACAGAAUGGUUGCUAUAAAGCGUCUUGACAAAGUGGUUGAAGAAGGAGAAAGGGAGUUCCGUACUGAAAUGAGGGCAAUAGGGAGAACUCAUCACAGGAACUUGGUGCGAUUACUCGGCUUUUGUGAUGAGGGUUCUGCCAGGCUUCUGGUUUACGACUACAUGUGCAAUGGAUCACUUGCAAACCUACUAUUCAAGGCCGAAAGCCAACCCGAUUGGAAAGAAAGAAUGAGAAUUGCACUAGAUGUUGCUAGAGGCAUCUUCUAUCUACAUGAAGAAUGCGAGCCCCAUAUCAUCCACUGCGAUAUAAAGCCUCAAAACAUACUCAUGGAUGGCUUUCGGACUGCAAAGAUAUCAGAUUUCGGGUUGGCAAAGCUGCUUAUGCCAGAUCAAACAAGAACCUUUACUGGGGUCAGAGGGACGAGAGGGUACUUGGCACCUGAAUGGCAGAAGAACACACCAAUAUCAGUGAAGACAGAUGUUUAUAGCUACGGGAUCAUGUUAUUGGAAAUUAUAUGUUGCAGGAGGAAUGUUGAGUUAGAGGUUGCAGAUAAUGAGAUUGUUCUCUCUGAAUGGGUUUAUAGCUGCUUCGUGGCUGGAGAGUUGCAUAAGCUUUUGGACGGAGAAGAAGUGGAGGGGAAGAUUUUGGAUAGGGUGGUAAAGGUGGGGUUGUGGUGCAUACAAGAUGAACCAGCACUUCGUCCUUCCAUGAAGAAUGUGAUUUUGAUGAUGGAAGGGAACAUGGAUAUACCCAUUCCUCCAUCUCUGACUUCAUCCAUGAACAUUUCUUAAUAUGUUUGCUUCCUUUAAAUGCAUUGGUCUUUUUAUCUAAAAUGUGUUGUCUUUCAUGAAAAUCAAUGUAAGUUUUAAUUACUUGUGGUAUCAA